AUGGCCGCAGUACUUAUUACAGGCGCAACUGGGAAACAAGGCGGCUCCUUGAUCAAGAAUCUAGUCUCCCGGAAAGCCCCCUUCGAGAUCCUAGCCGUCACCCGAAACACAACCUCCGGCUCAGCGCAGCGCCUCGCCAAGCUAUCAUCCAACAUCCGGGUAGUUGAAGGGAACUUGGACGAUCCAGCCGGGAUAUUCAAGAAUGCGCGCAGUGUAACUAGGAAUCCGAUAUGGGGCGUGUUCAGUGUUCAGGUGGCACUCGGCAACAGCGCCUCCGAAGAACGCCAAGGCAAAGCCCUAAUCGACGAAUCCCUCAAACGAAGCGUCAAAUUCUUCGUCUACAGCUCCGUCGACCGCGGAACAAACUCGUUCGAAAAUCCCACCAAAGUCCCACACUUCAUUAACAAACACAACAUCGAGCACCAUCUCGUCGACAAGUCCAAGAACACAGAAAUGCAAUGGACAAUCCUCCGCCCGACAGCUUUCUACGAGAACGUGGUCCCUGGAUUCUUCGGGAAAGUCUUCAUGACGUCCUAUGACAUGGCGCUGAAGGGAAAGCCACUUCAGAUGGUCGCCACGAGUGAUAUUGGGUAUUUUGCAGCGGACGCGUUACUCAAGCCGGAGGAGUACAAGGGACAGGCUGUUUCGUUGGCGGGGGAUGAAUUGACGUACGAGCAGGCAAAGCAAGUAUUCGAGGAGAAGACUGGGCAGUCUGUUCCGUGGACAUUCCGGUUCCUUUGUUCUAUGUUUAUGGCGUCGAUGAAGGAUAUGGGGUAUAUGUUUAAGUGGUUCCAUGAUGAGGGGUAUAAGGCCAAUAUCUUGGAGCUAAAGAAGGUGCAUCCUGGUUUGAAGGAUUUCGGGACGUGGCUGAAGGCGGAGAGCGAGUUUGAGACACGGUAG